AGUCGUUCAGUCACAUUGAUUAUUCGCCCCUUAGCCGCCCAUAUAUACUACACAGGAACAACACCAGUUUGUUCUUCGAUCGGUUCGCGUGCGUGUGUUUUGUCUUCUGUGCUUUUAUUACCUACUCCCCAUAUUCUUCGGUUCUUCCGACAACUCAAUGCAUCCGCUUCUAGUGCAGAAUUUCGCCAGUAAGUUCAGUGUACUGAAGCACCUCGGACGAUCAACAGCAGCAGUUCAAAGGUUCUCAUUCCACACGUCUAAAAUGGUUCAGAUUAAGGAAGGCGACAAAGUCCCAUCGAUCGAUCUGUUCGAGGAUUCCCCGGCCAACAAGGUCAACAUUGCCGAUCUGUGCGCCGGAAAGAAGGUGGUUCUGUUUGCCGUUCCCGGAGCCUUCACACCCGGCUGCUCCAAGACUCAUCUGCCAGGCUACGUCGACAGGGCCGAUGCCAUUAAAUCGUCCGGAGUAAACGAAAUAGUGUGCAUCUCGGUAAACGACCCGUUCGUUAUGUCCGCCUGGGGCAAGCAGCACAGCACUGCCGGCAAGGUACGUAUGCUAGCCGACCCGGCUGCCGUUUUCACCAAACAGCUGGAACUGGGCGCUGAUUUACCACCACUGGGUGGGCUACGUUCCAAGCGCUAUUCGAUGGUGCUGGAAGAUGGCGUCAUCAAGACACUGAAUGUUGAACCCGAUGGUACCGGUCUGUCUUGCUCGUUGGCAGACAAGAUCAAGGUCUAAAGCCUCCUGGACGGAUCACAUACAAAGGAUAAAAUUUA